AUGGCUACCAUGAAAGCAGUUGGCGUGGCCGAAUACGGCCCUGUUGAUAACUUCGAAUCACGUGACGUUCCGCGACCAGGUAAACCGACUGGCCGUGAUGUUCUGGUCAAAGUCCAGGCGUGUUCUGUCAAUCCAAUCGAUGUCAAAAUCCGGUCUGGAAUCUAUGACGAUGCUCCAGACUACUACAAGCAUGCCCCAAAGGGCUUCCAUAUCAUCGGAUAUGACGGUGCUGGAACUGUCUUAGAGGUUGGCCCUGAGUGCAAGUUCUUCAAGCCCGGUGACGAGAUCUCGUAUGUUGGUGCUUCAACGCGUCAAGGCAGCUAUGCGGAGUACCAGCUAGUCAGCGAAUUUCAUUGUGCUUCCAAGCCCAAGUCUCUGGACUUUGUGCAGGCUGCAAGCUUUGGCUUGACCUUUGGAACGGCCUACCAGUCUUUGCACCACCGGCUGGAGAUCAAGCCCAGCGAGAACGUGGGCAUUCUGAUCAUCAAUGGUGCUGGAGGAGUUGGAAGUGCUGCUAUCCAGCUGGCGCGCAAUGUCUUGAAUCUACCCAUAGUUGUUGCUACUGCGUCUCGGCCGGAAACAAUGGACUUUUGCAAGAAGAACGGCGCCACACAUGUUAUCAACCACCGAAAAGAUCUUGUGGAACAGAUCAAAGAUCUCAAUUUGAGCGUUCCGAUCAAGUAUGCCUACGUCUUGGCGAACACCGAGCAGUAUGUCGACGCUAUUGCCAAGAUCUGCGCGCCUUUCGGCAAAGCUUGCACCAUUGUCCAGGCUGAUGUCAGUCUCUACGGGACCGACUUCAUGUCAAAGUCAAUGACCUUCGCAUGGGAUUGGCUAGGUUCAGCUGCCUAUCAUCGUACGAAUGUCGAAGGCUAUCAUGAAAUGUUUGGUACCAUAGCGCGUCUGAUGGAUGAAAAGAAGCUGGUUCCUACCCUGGGCAAGCGGUACAAAUUGACGCUUGCUGGGCUGAAGGAAGCUCAUAGACAGGUCGAGUCUAAAACUACAAUAGGCAAGGUUGGCCUCGGGAUCAACGAGCCCGGCGAAGGGGCUCCCUUUGCUUGA